AUCGGAAAGUCCCGUUGCGUUACGCGUGAAUACACGAGACUCAAUAUGGCUGCGCCCAUGAAGUUUGCCCGAGUUUGCUGUCAAAAUAAUUUUCCGAGUAUUUGUGCAGUUUCUUUCAGUAAAAUGAAGUUAACUAGUAUUCAGCAUCGACAUAAUCGAUAUGUGCAUAGCCACAAUUCCAAUGGAGGCGAUUUUGAUGUGGCAAUCAUUGGAGGAGGCAUUGUUGGCAUGGCUACUGCCAGAGAGAUGAAAGUCCGACAUCCAAACCUUUCAUUUGUUGUUUUAGAAAAGGAAAAGGAAAUUUCAUUUCACCAGAGUGGCCACAACAGUGGGGUGAUACAUGCUGGGAUUUACUAUACUCCAGGGUCACUGAAGGCCAAACUAUGUGUUCAGGGAGUAGAACUACUCUACGACUACUGUGACAAGAAUGACAUUCCAUACAAUAAAUGUGGAAAGUUGAUUGUAGCAGUGGACCAAGAGGAAAUUCCAAGGUUAGAGGGUCUGUUCACACGAGGAAAUGAAAAUGGGGUAAAAGAUUUACGCUUGGUAGGUCCAAAGGAGAUCAAAGAAAUCGAACCAAAUUGUGAGGGCUUGAAAGCCGUGCACUCCCCACACACUGGUAUCAUUGAUUACAAAGUGGUGACCCAGUCUUACGGACAAACUUUUGAGAAACUAGGGGGACAUAUUUAUACUAACUUUGAGGUGACUGACUUCUCUGUGACCAAAGAAAGCGGCCAUGGUAUUGAUUAUCCAGUGACAAUAAAAGGCAGUGGCCAUGAUACGGGUACGCCAUGCGAGGUGCGAUGUAAAUACGUGGUUACUUGUGGUGGUCUGUUUUCUGACCGACUUGCAGAACUGUCAGGGUGUAACAGAGAACCCAGAAUAGUGCCUUUCAGGGGAGACUACUUACUAUUAAAGCCAGAGAAAACCAGCCUUGUCAAUGGAAAUAUUUAUCCAGUACCAAACCCACUAUUCCCAUUUCUAGGGGUCCAUUUCACACCAAGAAUGAACGGUGAUGUAUGGCUUGGCCCUAAUGCAGUGUUAGCCUUUAAAAGAGAGGGCUACCGGCUGUUAGAUUUCAGUGCAGCAGAUGCAACAGAUGCUCUCUCUUUUAGAGGUCUAAGGAAACUAGCUAUUAGGAAUUUGGGAUUUGGAAUCAAAGAGAUGUAUCGUGGUUUUAAUAUAGCAUCCCAAGUCAAACAGCUCCAGAGAUAUGUGCCAUCUUUAAAAGUUUCAGACGUUACAAGAGGUCCUGCUGGAGUGAGGGCCCAGGCUUUGGAUCAAGAUGGCAAUCUAGUGGAUGAUUUUGUCUUUGAUGUAGGAGAUGGAGAACUGGGAUCUCGUAUUUUACAUGUACGAAAUGCACCAUCACCAGCAGCAACUUCCUCUCUAGCUAUUGCCAAAAUGGUGGCAGACAAAGUGAAGAAUACAUUCAGUUUAUGAUGUUUACUGUAAAAACACUGUCAUCUUGAUUCAUUUUAUUCAGAGAGAGAGAGAGAGAGAGAGAGAGAGAGAGAGAGAGAGUAGUUCUAUAUGUAAAAAGAAAUAACCAGAAAUCCAUUUUGAUUGUUUGUAUUAUCCUCACAAUAUCAAGGUUUUUUGAUUUAUACCCUCCACACGGCGAGUAAUCCUCCAUAUGAUACAUAAUAAAACAUUGGCAUUGUGGGGAUGAGUUUGUAUAAGAAUAGUUUUAUAUUUUGAAAUGAAUAAUUGAUGGAUCAUUAAACUGUCAGUGAAAUAUCUGUGAUAAUGAAUAAAUUCAAAUGAAAUAACCUUCA